AUGCGCGUCACGGAGUUACUCCUCGGUUACUUUCUGGUCAAAGUUCUGGUGUGCGACGCGGAAGGCGAACCGGGCCAAACCCUCGACGACUACAUGAUAGUGACCGGGUAUAACGACUCAAAGGAGGGUGAGAUUUUUAUCACGGAGACCCCGCACACGGAGGACAAGUGUCGUGGGUACUACGACGUGAUGGGCCAGUGGGACCCUCCGUUCGUGUGCAGGACGGGCAGUUACCUGUACUGCUGCGGCACCUGUGGCUUCAGGUUCUGCUGCGCGUUUAAAAGCUCUCGGCUGGACCAGACCACCUGUAAGAACUACGACACCCCACCGUGGAUGAUGACGGGAAGACCCCCGUCGAAAGUGGACGUGGCGUCGGAUUCCGCCAAGGAUAAAACCAACCUGAUUGUCUAUGUCAUAUGCGGGGUCGUGGCCAUCAUGGCACUGAUUGGAAUUUUCACCAAGCUGGGUUUGGAGAAGACGCACCGUCCGCACAGAGAAAAUAUGUCAAGGGCUCUUGCACACGUGAUCCGCCAUCCUGCCUCAGAACAUCUCGAUGACAGUGGACUCGGUCAGCACUACGAGAACAUACAAACCAGAGUCACACUCAACAGUCUCCACAGCAGUCAAAUGAACAAUGCUUCGACUCUGAUAACGCAGCCUUACCCGGCUCUGGGACAAAUCACCAGCCCCUAUGAAGAACAGAAGCCGCUCAAGGAUCUCAACAAGUAUGCAACGCUCAAGGCUGUGGCUGAAAAAGCUAAUGAUGGCUUCUACAGUAACCGGCGGCAACUGUUGGAGAUGGCGACCAAGGGCAGCCUUCCCAUGGAACCUAUGGACAUGGAGCCGGAGCCGAGUAAUCCUUACAGCCCGCCCAGACAGCAGUCGUCGAAGCAGAACGGACACAAGUACAAAAGCUCCAAGAGCCACAGCUCGCAGUCGCUGUACUACAGCUCCAGCACCGCCACCAGCCCGGCCAUGCUCAGAUCCUGGGAGAGCAGGGACACGUUAGGGCUGCGGCAAUCCUACGGCCCCAAGAAACUGUGCAUCAUAGAGAAGGAGCUGCACACCACCCGCUACUUGCCUCCGCAGCCGUACUUUGUCACCAACAGCAAGACAGAAGUGACAGUAUGAGGGACCGAUUAAACACGGGGCUUAAAAAAGCUGCACGAGGCUGCAUUUAAGCAAAACAGGAGCUGC